UUCCAACUACACCUUCCGUGACCCACCGGACCCAAACAGUAACCGGUGCUUAUCAAGCACUCGGACGCCCACGGCCAAACCGUGCGGGGGGAUCUAACAGGUUUCGUGGAGAUUAGAAAUCGGAUAUUUUACUACUAUUCUCCCUCGAACAAUCUCAUUUUGCUUUUCCACCUUGUUCUUAUCUUUGGUUUCCAACCCUCACCCUGUGAAAAGUGGGCAUAUGCACGCCCGUUGAUCUGCAGCGAUCGCCAUGACAGCCAUCACAUCUCCACAACCGUUGGACUUGUCCCACCACUACUCGUAUGCGUCCAAGAAUCGCAAACCGAGCAGUGUUAAGAGCUUCUACCAGUAUUUUUCAAUUCCCGGCAUCGCCAAUUUUGCAGGAGGUUUACCACACCCUUCUUAUUUCCCGUAUGAUACCCUCGAAGCAGCCGUCGCCCGCCCUCAGCGUCUCCAGCCAUCCAACAAAGAUGAUACCAAAGCCGACCGGUUACUCAUCCCGAAAGCACUCGAUACUCCCGAUCUCACGCGUAAAAUCGACUUGACCACUGCUCUCCAGUAUGGUGUUGCCGAAGGCUAUCCACCGAUUGUCUCGUUCCUCCGACAGUUCGUCCGCGACCAUCUCCAUCCCAAUGUUCCCUACGAAGGAGGUCCCGAGGUCAUCAUGUCAUGCGGCAACACCGAUGGCUUCUCCAAAGCCAUUGAGCUUUUCACUAAUAUCUGGAAUCCCGACCGGGACUGGAUUCAGCAGCGCGAGGGCGUCUUAUGCGAAGAGUUCACCUACAUGAACGCCAUUCAGACCAUUCGGCCGCGAGGUCUGAAUACCGUCACCGUGGCUGUGGAUAGCCAAGGUAUGUUAGCUUCCGGCAAAGGCGGCCUGGCGGACGUGCUAGAAAACUGGGAUUUCCGGCGCGGAAGGCGUCCGCAUCUCAUGUAUACGGUGACAAUUGGCCAGAACCCCACUGGAGGAAAUCUUUCCAUUGAGCGAAGACACGAAAUUUACGCACUCUGUCAGAAAUAUGACGUGAUUAUCGUGGAAGAUGAUCCGUACUGGAACUUGCAAUUCCCCUCCGCAUACGAGAUGGAGGCCCGUUAUCGGGGAGCCUCUACGGAGGCUACGCCCUACAAUCGAAGUUAUAAUGCCGAGGGCCGGUCUUCGGGAUAUGCGUUCUUGGACUCGUUGGUCCCUUCAUAUCUAUCAAUUGACACCGAAGGGCGAGUUGUACGACUGGAUACGUUCUCGAAGACCAUUGCACCUGGCAGUCGUCUGGGCUGGAUCACUGCGCAACCUGCCGUCAUCGAGCGCAUCACUCGCAUCACCGAGGUGACAACGCAACAGCCUUCGGGAUUCGUACAGUCUAUAAUCGCCCAGACCAUUAUCGGGGAACAGUUAAAGGAAAAUGGCGCUUUUGGCUUGAAGAAGCAAGAUGUCCAUAGCUGGCGCAUGGAUGGGUGGGUUCGCUGGCUGGAGGGAUUGCGUGGAGGGUAUGAGAGACGCAUGAAUGACAUGUGCACCAUUCUUGAAGAGAACAAGUUUUUGUUCUCGGAGCAAUCUGAAGUUUCGCCCAGCGCCGACCACGUUAAUGGCUGGGAGGUAGUCGAUCGGGUCCAGAUGUAUGACUUUGUCUGGCCCAAGGGUGGCAUGUUUGCUUGGGUGGAGAUCCGUUUUGAAACUCAUCCACUCCGCGCCAAAUAUAGUGAGCAGAGAUUAUCCAAGGCUUUCUGGAUAUACCUUACGAAGAAGCCGCAUUUGUGUCUGGUGGCGCCGGGUCAGAUAUUCGCGGCAGGGCCAAAGUCCGUGGAGAAAGAACAUCGCUUCAUCCGCGUUGCUUUUGCACCGAUGAAUGCCGAAGACGUCUCGUCUUUCACGCGCAGGCUUGUUGGAGGCUUCCGGUCAUUCUGGAAACGGGAGAAUCUAGAUGGCUUGGAUGAUGGCGAUGAUGAGACUCUGGCAAUGCGUUCGAUGCAAUCGGAGUCGGUCAUUAAUUUUAUUGGGCCAGGGUGCUGAGAACAUCCAAUUUAUUGUCUGUCGUAGACAAUCUUUGCGUUUUACUUGUCUUUACCUUUUAGCCUUGUGCAGAUCAACCUAUAGGAGGUAAUCUGACUUCACGAAGUACAAGUUAAACCAGCCGGGAAGAAUAUAUUUUGCCUGACUGACUGCAUUUAUUCCAACAAUUGACAUUCGCUCUUCCUUAAGCGUCCUUUUGUAUUCUUGUCACAUUUUUCGUUAAACCCCAG